CCUUGGAACCAAUCACAAUCCCUUUCACCUGCCCUAGUUUUCUGCCUGCUCUUUGGCGGAGGAGGAAAAAAGUUUGGCUUUCGGCUUCAACUUUUUAGUCAGCUCCGAGGAGGCCAUCGAAGUGGGCAAAGCGGCCGUUUGGGGACUCCGUUAAGCCCCCCAAAGGAUCGAGGAAUUUAUUUCAAUGCAGUAUUGCGCUUAUUGCAACGUCUGGAGGCAAUGCACCGAUUGCAUCAACUGCAUUCUCUGCAUGCCUUGCUGCUGUUGCAGUAGUUGUAAGCAUGGCAGCCAGCAGUGAUUGCAUUAGCCGGGGGCAGUGCAUGCUUUGCAUUAGCUGUAUUCCCAUGUAUUGCACUGCUUGGACAACUUGCUCGCUUUGCAAGCACUAAUUGCAUUUGUCGUAUGCCUCGCACCAGCUGCAUUCAGUGCACCAGUUGCGUGCCCUGGCCCGGCAGCAUUAAUCUCUGCAGUUGGGUUAAUUGCACGGGGGCAGCAUGACUGCCAAGCAGCGCAAAGCAGGCAGAGGACGGACUGAGAACAAUGCUGGGGCUCUCGUUGCUCCGGGCCGGAUGGAAGAGAGGGCGGCCGGGGGUCCCAGACACAGGGAAGCCUGGGCUUGGAGGUGCCGAGCCGUGCUGGGGCUGCUGCUGCUCGGAGUGGCCGCUGCCGGGGUGGCCGUCCUGGGCUGGCUGCUUGUGCACCAGCUGGAGACGCUGGAGCAGCUGGGAGAGACCGUGGAGAAGCUGCGGGGCCGCCUGGAGGAGCUGGAGGUGGUGAAGGAGCAAGUGCAGAGGACGAGAGAGCAGCUGUCUGUCACAGCGGAGCUGGAGCGGCGACUCUCUGACCUGGAGCUGGCCCAGAUGCUGUCUAGGCAGAAACUGGAGCGAGCCUCUGCCGCUGCUGAGCGCAUCGUGGCCUCUGACCCUAUCAGCAAGCUUGCCGCCUUCCAGGUGGAAGUGAAGCAGGCCAUCAGCGAGCUGAGAGGAGAGCUCCCCUCUGGGACUGAGCUGCAGAGCCAGCUGGAGCAGCUGAGAACCACCGAGUUGGAGAUGCUGAGGCAAGAGGUGGCUAGGCUCUUGUCGUCGGGUUCCAGGCUGGAGCAGAGCGUGGCCUCAUUGACCGGCUCCCUCACCAGUGCCCAGAGAAGCCUGGAAGAGAAGGCUCAUAGCCUGCAAGCCAUGCAGCAGGAAGCAGAGCACGCGAAGGUGGCUGGCGAGAGAUUGGAGAACGACAUUGGCUCCCUCUCAGCCCGGACCUUCGUCCUGGAGGGAAGCCUCAACCGCACCACGCUGCUGGCACGUGCCCUGCAGCUGCAGCUGGAGCAGAACAGCAAGGCUCUGGCUGGGCUGCAGGAAAUGGCCGCAAAUCAGAGCGGGAGCGACAGCUCUGAACCUCGGCAGCUGGAGAACCUCCGGGUGCAGAUCCAGCAGCUGAAGAUGGAGAGAUCAGCCACACAGGAGCAGGUGAAUGAGGCACUGCACAGCAUUGCUGACCAGAGGAGAGAGCUGAAGGGCAGGAUCUCAGAGCUGGAAACAACUAUUCGUGCUCUUCAGGGCCAUGUGACUCAGGUGGAGCUGGGCAUGGUCAGUCUGAACACACAGCUCUCUGGUGCGGUGGAGCAGCAGCUGCAGGGUCUAAAGCUUGGGAUGGCCAAUCUGGAGAGCAGCCUGGGCACCAGCCUGCAGCAGUGUCUCUCAGGAGAAGUACAGACCCGCUGUGAGACUGAGGACGGCUGUGGGUGGCCGCGCGUGCGCGAGGUCAGCUUCCCGCACCGUGUCCUGACCCAGCCCGCGAUCAUGCUGGGGCUGGUGGGGCUGAGCACUCGCGGCUCCGUGGGCAUCUCGGUGAGAGCUGUGGACGUCACGGACUCUGGCUUCAAAAUACACAUCGCCAGCGUGGGCAACCAGUCCCUGACCAGUGCCAGGGUCUCUUGGAUGCUGUGUGCCUAGACAGAAAGCUGUGAUGCGGCCCCUGGAGCAAGCAGCUGGGGCAGGGGGAGUAGGGGUUACUGAGCUGGUGGCGUCUGCUUUCCUUGGACACAACUGUGGUUUGCUUUGGUUUUCUUUAAAGUAUUUACAGCUUACAAGGAGUCCGUGUAGACGGGAUCCCAAUUAAUAGCCCUUCUCUUGGGAGCUGUGUACCGCCACGUAAUGGCAGGCUGAGCAGCCCCAGGCCUUGCCGAAGGCUCCUGGAAAGUGCCGCUGACAAGAUCUGUCUUAAACUUCCAAACCUAAGUGCCUAAACUGAGCCCACUAGCUAUAUGCACAUGUGCAGCUGUUCGUGUGUGCGUUCAGCCACGCUGCAUCUGCAGAUGUGCGGCACACUCGCACGAAAAGAUGCACCACACGGCUAAUGGCGAGGGAAGUUGAGCACCUGGGUCUGCAAAGUUGGCCAGUAAACAUCUUUAUUUAGGGGUUUUUUUGUUUUGUUAUUUUCAGUAGCAACAGUUGGAAUAUUCUCCUGCUGCCCAUUUAUGAUUCUACCCUGUGCUCUGCAUGUCAGACGUGUUUAAAACUUAUGCAGAGAUGAUGCUAAUGGCAGGAUGCAGCCAAACUACCAAAGAUGUAGGACUACCUGUGUGUGUAUUUCCAGCUGGAAUUUCCUGGCUGAGCCAGUUUCUCCUGGCACAGUGUGAGCUUGCCUAUACAGCAGAGGGCAUUGCUAGUCAGGGCUGCUCAUCCCUCGCAGAGCUAUGGCUUCUCGUACUCUGAGCCUUACCCUGGAAGAGAUGGACAGUCAUGCUAAGCUUUCUUGUGGCGUUGCAAGGUGGACUAAGACUACUAGCCUUUUCUGGACCUCUUAUCUCACCAAGUGAAACACCAGAGUGUUCAGACCACUCCAGGUGUACUUGCUUGUCUGCCUAAUUCUGCAGAAGGGAAGCAGCUGUAUUUUAAUGUGUACAACUCUCUCAGAAGAAGGCUCUGGAGGCUGCUAAUGGUUUGUCAAGCCUGCUGACCUAUGCCCAAUACACCUGCUGCCCUACUCUCUCUUUUCUUCUUCCCUUCCCCCCUACCCCCAAUCCCCGGAAGAUGCACUGGAGCUCUCAACACAGCAGGCUCCAGGGUAGGAGAGGGGCCUGCAAAGCAGGUUAUGGGUCCACCAUGAGACACCUUGCAAAGAUGGGAGGUGUGUGCAAUGCCACCCCUGUAGUCCUAGUUUGGAGGUUGUGUGUCCGGUGGUGGUGGGUACAGAGACUCUCAGCUGGUGCUACAUAUGUACCCCAUGGAGAUGCGUGGGUCUCAAAUUGGCAGGGUUGGGGUUGAGCAUUGUGCCUUCUGUGGCUGAAGAUCAGAACACAGAGGCUGCUUCUUGUCAGAAAGAAAAUCUAGUGUUCCCCAGAUUACCAGCUGAUGUGGGAGUGGGGGUUUGGAGUGACUUCAGUUGAGUGCUAGGAUAGCUCCACUCUAGAGUCACAGAGGAGACAAUCUGCCUAAAUUGUUGUCGUCUUCUCCUCCACAUGUUCACUCUGCACUGACUGAAAGGAGGAAGGACAAUUUUGUUAAAGCACAGAACUAGGAUGUUGGAAAUCCAUGUUCUGUUCCUAUCUCUGCCACACAUUGGCAGGUGGCUUGCCCUCUGCGCCUGGCCUUUGUAAAGUACCAAGCGAUUCCUGCUGUCUGCAGGCAAACGUAGAGAUUUUUUUUUCCCCUGAAAAAGCAAAUUCUGCAAACUGAAACACUGUGAUUUGGAAAUGGUGCUGCCCUGCUUUAUGGGAGCUGUAGUUCAGAUGUCUGUUCCCAUUCUCCUCUAGACUGCUUGGAUGCACUCUGGUAAAUUAUAGUUUUGUAUGGGGAGCACAGCCUAUAAAAGAGAGGGAAUAUGAGGCUGCAUUUACCAGACAAAAUAUUUUGGGGUUUGGAUCUAUUUUUGGUGGGAAAAAUCAAAACUUUCUGUGUGCGUGAAUCUAUUUUCCAACAACCAUCUCUAGUGCCAAUUACUGUUUCUAAGCUCACUUGGUGCCAUCAGCUGGGACACAUGGCAGAUGCCUUCCCAUAAUGCCUGAGGUGUCCUGUGGGGAUCCAGAACAUUCUAGCAUUGUCUCAUCAUCUGAACAGCGCUGACAAGACUGCUGCUACCCCGCUCACCAGGACACUGGCUGCAGAAAAGGAGGUGGUGCACUGAAAGCUCAAGCUAGGAGUCGUAUGAUGUGGGGGGAUGGCAAAUGGCCCUUCAGCUCUUCAGGCUGUCGGAGGGCAGAGAAAGGUGCCAAAGCAGCAUGUUCCGCUCGGAGCGAGUGGGGACAUCAGAACUCCGAGGACAGGCUACAGGACACAACUAAGACUCUGAAGUGACUUCUGGCAAUGAGAUCUGGGAGCCUGAGCAGUGCCUGAUGCUGCUUCGCACCCUUGCUGAUCAUGUGUGUAUUCAGCCCUCCUCAGCAGAGGGUGUAUUGACAGUGCCUGAGGACCCCAAGGAGAAAGGGAGGGGGGGGGGAUUCUGGGCAAAACAUGUAAUGCCUCCAGUGUCGGACAGGAAAUGACAUUUUUUUCCAGUUGCUUCCAUGUGCCUAAUGCAGCUGCAGACUUUCCCCUGUCCAGUGGGAAACUGCUGCUCUGCAGCUAUCCAUAGGCGAAGGAGCUGCUGCUGUUUGUUCGUGCCUGAGCUGCAGGAAUCGCAUCUGUGACUCAGCCCCGUGGAGGCCUCGAGGUUUGUGGGCCGUGUGCUUCAGCCUCUGGCACGGAGCUGGCUGCCAAUUCAGGAGGCCGCAAGUGCUGAAUUGCCAAAGUUGUUUUAGAAACCGAGCAAAUGGGCACAUACCAAAACCUCCCUCGGGUGGAUCUCUGUUGGCAGUGCGAUAUUUGGCCUCAUCCCCAGCGUGCCUUGCUCUAAACCGGUUUUCUGCUCAGGUGUGGGCUCGCAUGGCUUCAUGCAAAAUGGAAGCGCUUUCCCUGAAAUGGCGGAGUGCUGCUCUGUGGGAUGGAGUGGGGAAAGAACAUGGUGGGUCAGAACAGGGAGCGCUGUAUGCAAACCAUCAAUCCUCUCCUGGGCUUGAGAGCCUCUGGGGCCACAGCCACCCUCCUUGGCAUCAUGCUCAUCCUGCCAUAGGGUUCCCCUGCCUAAGGGUGAAGUACUUGGGCCUGUAACAAAGCAAGCCUCCCAUUCAGCUGACAGGGAGUUUUCCCAUUUGUGGGGAACAUGGAAUCUGGCUUAACGUUAAUUCCGAGUUGCUCUACAAUGUCCACGUAUGUAGCCUGGCUCCGAUCAGACUCCUGGCUCCUCUCGUGCUGGCGAGGCCAGCACAGCCCUUUGCUGAAGCUUUUCUGCAAGUACUGAAUAAAAAGCAGGGUAAAA